AUGAUCAACGACAAGGAUCCACGGACUAAGCCAGUUAUGUACAUUUCAAUAAAACGUACCAAACGAGCUGGAGAAGCAACCAGUUAUGUACACAAAUUUUAUAUGUAUGAAUUAGAAAGAUAUAUAAAAGAAGGGAAUAUGUUGAAUAAAAGAAACAUGAUUGCAGGUGAUGAAGAAGUGAAGGAAAACAUGGGGUGGAGCCAAGUGAUGGAGGAGGCGACGGUAGCAGCAGCAUUAUGUGGAGCUCGACGAGGAAGAAAACAAGCUGCAAGAGCUUAUGAUGAAGCCGCUUGCUUGCUCCGUGGAGCCAAUACUCGAACAAAUUUCUGGCCUUGUUCCCUAUCUUCAAAAUCAGUUCUUCCUUCAAAGAUCACGAAUCUUCUCUUGCUUCGGCUUAAAGCUAGGAACAAUAAUGUCAAUGCUUCUACUACUUCAAUGGUUACCACUUCGCCUGUUAGCCUGCAGGUUCAAGAAACUGCAAAUGCUAUAGAAGAUCAUACUCGUAACAGCCAGUUUGAUGAUUUCUUCAACGUGCCUGAAGAUUGCACCGUUAAUACUGAAAAUAGUGAUAGUGCUACAUUUACCACUAGUACUACGACGAUUACUAGUGAUUGCAUGAUGGAUUGUUUUAACACAAGUUUCAGUACUUGUGCAGAAGAUAACUGGAGCAACGUUGAUGGCAACAACAAUAGUCAUGAGGAAGAGAAGAAAUUAGAGGGAGAAGUAGUUGAAGAAGAGAUUGAUACGGAAGUGAUGGAUUUUGGAUUUGUUGAUGAUCUAGGGAAAUCUUGUCAUUGUUCUCCAUUUGAGAUAGCGGAGGAGAUUAUGAAGCCAAUGCAUGAGGAUUAUCAAACGAGCUGGAGAAGCAACCAGUUAUGCGGUAGAAUUUCUAGGCUUUAA